AUGCUCACCUUCAAGCGUGCCUUGAUCGCUGCGGCGCUCUUCCUCACACUAUUCUAUCUUACAACGCGGUCACAUCCUCAAGCACCACAACCCGACCCGAUUACUCCUGCUGCUCCAGUUCCUAUGAGCAAUAAUCAACCCGAAAAACCUCACACGCCCAACGAGAUUCCCGAUACCGCGAAAGUAGCGUCGACGACCGCCCCGGCUGCCGACGCCAAUGUUAACGGACAAGGCAGCCCCAAAAAGCACAACAGUCGGCCGAAAGAGCAGAAGACAUUGGUGGACAUGUCCAAGCUGACACUCUACGAGAAGCUGGCCUAUCAAUACCCAUACGACGUCGAGACAAAGUUCCCGGCGUACAUCUGGCAGACCUGGAAGUGGACGCCGGCCAACGCUGAGUUUACGUUCAGGGAGCAGGAGGCAACAUGGACAGAACAGCAUCCCGGCUUUAUUCAUGAAGUUAUCACUGAUGCUGUGGCAAGCCAAAUGAUUAGGCUGCUAUAUGCAUCAGUCCCCGAGGUUCUCGAAGCAUACAAGGCUUUGCCCUUGCCAGUGCUGAAGGCUGACUUCUUCCGUUACCUAAUCCUACUUGCCCGUGGAGGCAUCUAUUCUGAUAUCGACACAUAUGCUAUUCGCAGUGCGACGGAGUGGAUUCCCGAGAGCGUGCCUCACGAGGCUGUGGGGCUGGUGAUUGGAAUUGAGGCGGAUCCCGACCGCCCUGAUUGGAAAGAUUGGUACAGUCGGCGGAUCCAGUUCUGCCAGUGGACAAUUCAGGCGAAGCCUGGCCAUCCAGUUCUACGCGAAGUCGUUGCUCGAAUCACCCGCUCGGCUCUUAAGAGGAAGCGUGCGGGGCUUCUGGACGGCUUCGUUGAUAAGAACGUAAUAGAAUUCACCGGGCCAGCUGUUUGGACGGAUGUUAUCUUUGAGUACUUCAACGACGAAAGAUACUUCGAUAUGAGUCUCAGCCCCGGGGCUAUCGACUGGAGAAACUUUACCGGAAUGGAAGUCGCAAAGAGGGUCGGUGAUGUGAUUGUGCUACCAAUCACGUCCUUCUCUCCUGGCGUCCAACAGAUGGGUGCGAAGGAUUAUGAUGACCCGAUGGCGUUUGUGAAACACGACUUUGAAGGCACCUGGAAACCGGAAAGCGAGCGCCACAUCGGCGAGACCAACGGCUGA